CGGCCCAGUUGAAAGAUGUGUUGUGUUGCUGUAGCAACCGUUUGUUUAGAUACCGAGAGACGUCAUCGAUGAGUAGCAACUUUUUUAUGUUACAACAGACGAAACGGUACCAGCGUAUAAGAAAGGUUGGUACAGCACGGUUUUGGUUGAUAACACAUUUUGUGGCCUUAUUGUUUGUUUUUUUACUUUUGAAAUGCUACUGUUAUCAGCCAUCUAGCUAAAAACUAGUUUGAUACAUUUCUGUAGGCUAACGGUACUGUACUGUUAUAGUCUAUAUCAGCCAAGUACAGUAUCCCAUAUUUCGUAGCCUACAAUUUGGAUUAGCCUUCUAAAGUCUUGAGGGUAGCGUAGACUAACCAUUUAAUUCACAAAGAAAGUGUAAAACAGUAUAACCUCACUUAUGAUAGCUAUACUACCUAUCAUCAGUACCGAUCAGUACCAACAGAAUGACGUUUUUGUGUGUGGAAUGCCCACUUCUUUCCAGCCUUGUUUCAGCAAUCCGGUUCUAGCCUUGCAAGGCGGCCUUUCCUUCUUGGCUUAUUUUGUGAAAAAACUCUUAAUUAAACUCGUCAAAGUGUAGAAGUUCAGACAGUAAUUAGGGGUACUGUUUCUCAUAUUAGAAUGUAUUUUAUAUUAUUUCCUAGUGCAGCUUUAAUCAACAACUACAAGCCUAGACUCUGACUGACCAACAGUGGAGGAUGUCUCGACUGAUGGGACCUCCACUGAAGUUCAUGCCCGCUGAGUGGAGGUUAGCCAACCAGCUGCAGUAUGUGAGUGCAGAGGCUGAGCGGGCACGCUCAGAGCGGCUGAUAGCAGAGAGCAAGAGACUGAUGGAGGAAAGUGACAACGCAGCCAAACGCAUGCAGCGGGAUGCCAAUCAGAGACUAGACCAGAGAAUCCAUGACAUCAAAUUCUGGAGGCAGGAGCUGGACCAGAAGCUGGAGGAGAUAGUGCAGGAGAUCGAGGUUCUGAUCAUCUUCAAGAACCGUGUGGAGAAAGCCCUGGAAAGCUGUGCUGAGCCCCUUAGGGUCACUCUGCUCUGCCUGGAAGAGAGACAGAAGCGUGUGGCGAUCGACCUGGUGCAUGACGAGGUGGAGCGUGAGCUGAUGAAGGAGAGGGAAGUCAUCGAGGGUGUGGAGGCUCUGCUGAAGCGCACCAUUGAACAGACCAAUGAGCAGAUAAGACUGAACCGCUCUGCUAAGUACCACCUUGAGAAGGACCUGAUAAACAAGUACCAGGCUGAGAGAAUUGACAACUUCUGCUCCAUCCUCACCAACAACUCCUCUAGCCUGGAAGACACUCCCAAGGAAACGGGGAUCACAGUACCAUGCAACACAGUGACCCCAGAGGAGUGGGAGAACUUCUCCAACAUCAACAUCACCAAGGCAGAGCAUGAGAAGAACAACUCCAUGUCACUGAGGGCCCUGGUGGACAGCCUGCUGGAGCAGACAGCUGCGGACAUAAGCAGGCAGCAUCACAUCACCAGCACGGCCCUGCGGCAGCAGGUCCAGGAGAGCAAGACCACCAAGAGGCAGCUGGAGGACCAUCUGGCCAAGGUGCUGUCAGAGAUCUCCAGCCAGGAGAAGAACCUGGAGGCCCUGCAUGUGGCCAUCACUGACAAGGAGGCCCCCCUGAAGAUGGCCCAGACCCGUCUCAUGGCCCGCUGCCAGAGGCCCAGCUGGGAACUGUGCCACGACGCGGUCCAGGUCCGUCUGCUGGAAGAGGUCCAGGAGCUCAUGGCUCACAUCGACAGGUUACGCCAGGCACAAGCCCUGUCGGAGAUGGAGCUGAAGGCCCUGAUCCGCAGCCAGCUAAACCUGGAAGAAGAGGUCCAGGUGAAGUCCCACUCUCUCUACAUUGACGAGGUCAUCUGCACCCAGCUGCGCCAGCCUGUGGCAAUACACAGUUUCUGAGCAGCCAGGGUUCCUGAAAUAUUGUCUGGGACUCUGUUGUACCACUGGGGUGUGAGGGGGUUCGAUCCCAGAUCUUCCAGUGUCUUUAUUCAUCAAUAAACAAUGAGAUAUGAAUAUACCAUUAAAAA